AUGGAGACUCGUGACAGCAUUGUCCGCGGCCCUGCUGUUAUUGGGGUUAUUGUCUUUGGAGACCCCAAUGAGGAACUGCACAUUGAUAGGACCGCGUCGCUCGUUUUUGCCUUGUUCUUCAUCGGAAUAUCCUAUAUAGGCUCGAUCGCGAUCGCUUAUUUCCAACGCAGGCGCAAAUUAUUCCUCCUCCGAUCGUUGUUUAUGCCCUUUCUGGUCGUGAACUUGAUCGCACUAUUCAAUGUGCUAUUCAAUAUUCUCAGUCGCAGCCUCUUUCCGUUAAACGCGAUUCGAGUAAUCGGUAUUGGCCUUCCGAGCGCUUUCAUCGUCAUAUAUGGUCUCGCAUCUUUCUUAAUCUACCAUGAAUAUGGUCCCAGUCAAGGCCAUCGGGCUGAGGACGGCACUCCUCUUUUGAGUCAGGAAGAGAUGCAGCGUCGACAGCUGCUUCGCCUGUUACAAGAGCAGGGUUCUGGUGCACCAUCUCCAAACCCUAGUCAAAUUAACACAACCUAUCGGCUCGAGACCGUCCCUGGCCUCGACCCAACCCCAAAGACUUGGGAUCCUCAUUUGAUUCCCCCGCCAUCGACGACUUGGAGCAGCUUGAGUCGAACCACGACGUGA